UUCUUUUUUUUUUUAAAUUUUUUUUUAAUUGGAACUUGGAACUAUCUUCUUUUGUUCUUAGAUAGGUGUUAGGUGUUUGACAUCGCAUUCAUUCUCAUCAACACUCGUUCGCCUCGUCCUGAACAAAAUUAGUUAAUAAUUGCUUGCCUGCAUUAAUUGGAAUUUAGAGAAGCAUCUUCGUUGGCUGAGUUCGUUGAACAUCGCGUCGUUCACCACUAACCAGCUACCUCCGUUCUUCAUCCUUACAGCGCGGGAUUAGGUUAGGGUUAGGUAGCUACGAGGAAGGCUACCAGAUACAUUCUUCCAAGGUUACUAGGGGUGCAUUUGCAGUCACAUUGUCGCAUUCAUGACCAAUCUCGUAGCUUAACUCAGCCUUGCCAUCUUCGGCGAGCCGUACUCCUCAUCUGUGUCCCUAGCCUGGAAGAGAGUCCCGUCUGUUUAAAUGGAGCAAUCUUAUAUCCAAGAAAAUAACCAAACACGACUCCAAGCGCUGGGCAAGGAAUGGGGUAUAAUUAAUCAAUCUCCCCCGUCACCUUUACCAAGGCCCGAUCGCCCGCCAUCCUACCGAACAGAUAACGACGAGUUUAUAGCCGAAGAACUACUUAAGAGGCAGCGCAUCAACGAGUCCCAAGGCCAGCAGCAAAAGGGGACCCUUACACGUGCCUUCACAACCAAAAAGAAGGCAUGGGAAUACCGAGAAAUUUAUAACGCACUUGUAGCUCAUAUUGCCAACCAAGGAUCACCAGGUGUUGCCGAAUGCCUAAUACUCAAGUUGAAUCUAGCUGGGGGGAAUCUAAACUUGGCACAGAAAAGCCGCACAAGUCUGCUAAGCCGAAGAAAGAGUCUCGAUCUAGCUGAACGCAGCCAGGUGCUCCAAAUAGCUGUCAAGAAUGGCCAUUAUGAAAUGGUCGAAGUCCUUUUGCCCUACGCUGAUGCCUUAAGCCUAGAUACCGCAUUGCCCACUGCUAUUCGUGACGGAAACGUGGCGAUCGUUGCGCUUCUUAUACGGUACGGCGCAAGUGUAGCUCAGACUGCUGAUGGGCAGGGUGCAUUUCGACAAGCAUGUGCCCUUGGUGGCCAGGCCGAUCUCAUUGCCCUUAUUCUAGGGUCCGACGGGCGGCCCUCAUCGUCAUGGAUGUCGCAAUCUAUGGUCGAGGCAGCAAGGGUGGGAUGCCUAGGUACAGUAACGCAUCUCAGUCAAUCGAUAGCAGAUGGUGAUCACGAUGGUGCCGCCGCGUUAAAAGCCGCUGUAGCUCUCGGCCGGCGAGAUAUCGCCCUCGCUAUUGUUCUCGGCAACAAGCCGCCGACUCAAUCUAGCCUUAACGAGGCGUUUGACCAGCUCAUGAGCCACCAAAAUAUCAACCCCAACGAAAAGAUAGCUAUGGCGGAAGUUUUGUUGUGCGCCGGGGCAGGAGGUGAUCUAGUGGCGAAAGCCCUGGUACAGGCGUGUGCUACUUACUUUCUCGAGAUGGUGCACAUCUUAGUAUCUUACGGUGCAUCAAUCGAAUAUCAGGAUGCCAUCGCAGUUCGCAGCGCUGUCUCGAAAGGAAAAGUGGACUUGGUGGAGGUUAUGCUAAGUGGAAAAUCUAAAUUCAGUUCUCAUUAUGCGUCUGAAAGUGUAGAGCUUCUACCAAAGAAGAUGAGGUUUGAAGAGCGCCACUCACUCCUCAAUCUGCUACUUCGCAAGGGAGCAUCCGGUCCACCUUUAGAUGAGGCUCUAAUCGAUGCGGUGGAAGCCGGCGAUGUGGAGGCAGUUAAAAUACUUCUCACGCCGUUGUUUCCAGAAGGUAAGAUCGUGGGGACCAAAGAUAUUCGAAAAGGGCCACGGAGUAUGGUAUUCGAGAGACAUGAGACUGCGUCGACAGAUCACAAGGGUGCACUAGCCUUGCAGAUCUCUGUGAAGAAAGGAGACACAGCUAUCGCGAACUUGAUUCUUACGAGCAAGCCCCCAAACCCGGUUGCUCUCGCUCAGAUCUUUCCUAGCGUACGGAAUUUACCCCCGCUUACACGUUAUCAAAUCUCAGAGCUAUUCCUAAGAGCUGGGCUUACUGGACCGUCAGUUCAUUCAGCCCUUGAGAAUGCCAUCGACGAGCAGCCCCCUCAUCGAGACGAAAAGCUCAUCGCACUCUUCCUCCGCUACAAUGCUGAUGUGAAUUUCAACGAGGGCCACACUAUUACUGCGGCCAUUUCUCAACAGGAUGUCCGACUCUUGGAACGGUUGCUUAAGAGCAAACCCACAAUCCAAGUAGCAGCCAGAGCAAUUCCGAGGGCUAUGGAAGUUAAAGAAAGUUCGGUACGGUUUCAAAUGAUCAACAUGCUUUUAGCAGCCGGCGCAUCUCAAGGCGGGCCUGAAGUAUCUGCAGCUCUGGAAACAGUGAUACAGACGAACCCACCAGACCUACGAUUGCUUAAAACAUUGCUGCAACAAGGGAAUGCGGAUGUCAAUGUUAAUGGGGGAAUAGCCAUUGAGCGUGCCGCGCUACAUCCAGACCCUGAAAUUCUAGGAAUGAUUCUAUGUCUAGGACAGCCCAGUGCUAGCAGCCUAGAACGGGGCUUGACGAGCAUAGGUAAUCUCCCAAUGUCCCCAGGUAAAACUGAGAAGAUAGAUGCGAUACUCCGCCGAGCGCAGUCGAAGGAUGCAGCCACCAAGCUGCUCUUACAAGAAGUGUUGGCUAUUUUGAAAGUACCACCACAUGAACAGAAUUUCGCAUCAGUAAAAGUCCUGUUAGCAAACGGCGCCGAUGUCAAUGCCAUGAAUGCCGAAGCGCUGUGUCGAGCAGUAGCGGCAGCAAAUAUGCAAUUGGUAGAGAUUUUGUUUACGGCCAAUCCGAACCCCAAUUCGAUGGCGUUCGCUAUGCCUCACGCUCUUCGCAUUCGUGAAUUGAUGGAUAGGCUAACGUUCGCGCAAAAGAUCCUAGAGGGCGGUAUACCCGCAACUGAAGUAAAUAGAGCUCUCGUCUUUGCCGUCAGCACUUAUCCAGACGAUAUACCACUCAUCAACACCCUUUUAACCCGUGCAGAUACCCGAGAUGGCCUAGCUUUGAUCGAGGCCGUCAAAAGGGAAAAUCAGGACGUGGUGGAGCUAAUACUAGGCAAGAAGACCUUUCCCGUCGAAAUUCUAAACACAAGUUUCGCCCAAGCUACGAAGGCCAAGAACAAAAGGUCGAGAAGUAUGUCGUCUAUUAGCUUACUAAAAGCUGGCGCUUCGGGAGAAGUUGUAUCGGACGCGUUAUUAGCUGCUGCUUCAGAUGGUGACGUAGAGUUCGGUACUAUACUAGUACAAAAUGGAGGCAGUGUGGAACAUAAGGACGGUCAGGCCAUCAUAGAGGCUUGCAAGGCCGGGGCAGUUGACGUUCUCGCGAUGCUACUAGCAAGCGAAUCUAAGGUGGCUCCGAAUACACUCCAAAGAGGCUUCCAAGCCGCCACGCAAGUGGGGGAUUUAAAGAAGCGAGCCGAAAUUUUCAAAUUACUCUUGCAAGCAGGAGUCUCUGGGGAAGUAGUUGAUGCUCAACUUGUAUCUGCGGGCAGAUAUGGAGAUAGCGGGAAAGAUCUCGUCCGACUUCUGCUAGCGUACGGGGCAAGUCCUGAUUACAAUGACGGGGAGGCUGUCGAGAAGGCAGCAAGGAGCGCCUUCUUAGGUAAUUUGGAGAUGCUAUUAGGCAUUAGUGAGGUUGGCGGACGCCAAAAACGACCGUCCUCCCACACCUUGAUCCGCGCCAUGGAUGCCUGUUGGGACUUAAGCAGAGACACGAGGUUUACCAUCAUGAAUUGGGUAUUUCAAGCAGGGAGACCUGUUCCAAACGCUCUCCAUUCUUUCCUGAAUCGCGCUGUCAAUGAAGAAGAUCCCGAAGAGAGACUUAUCGAACUACUUGUUACUCACCGCGCUUCCCCCACCGCGGAUAGCUGCCGGACUUUGAUCGAUGCAAUUACAACCUUGUCUCCGUCGGCAUUCGCUAAACUUCUAGAAACUAAGAUCACUAUCGAAGACACGUCUUUAGUAUUUGGUAAGGCUUUUACGCCUGAUCGUGUUUCAUCAUGGCUAUCCAGCCGAGGCUACGAGAUUGCCAAGUGCUUGCUAGAGAAAGGCGCUGCCGGUGAUGGGGUUGGAUCGGCAUUUGCCGCGGUCCUCGGGUUGUAUAUCGAAACGCACGCAGAGUUGGCAAACGACUUUGUGGAUUUGCUCCUCAAAUAUGGCGCGGAUGUUAAUUACAACCACGGAGAGGCAUUGCAGAAUGCGGCUGCGCAAGGGGAUCCUAAUCUUCUUAAAAGGCUCCUACGUGAGAACCCUAACUCACAAGCUCUGACAUUUGCAUUGCCUCGAAUAUUCGACGCCCCCGCAUCCGAAGAAGAUAUAUACGACCUUAUCACACUAUUCGUUGAAUAUGGCGACGGACAGAGCCGGAUGGAUGUUGCUUUUAUCCAAACUGAUUCGGAGCCCGUCCUCAUUAAAGCGUUAAAUCAGUUCCCGCGGUCUACGAAGAUUCUUGGGGCAUUAUUAGAUGCUGGGUUCUACCACGACCAAAUGACAAAGUGCAGGGUAAUGGAGGAGGUGGAGGAUGAGGAAACUGUUACGCUGCUCAUGUGGGCUCUCAUCCAGCCUCAGAAGAAAAUCAGCAGCGGGGUUAUCAACUUAUUGAUCGAGAGGGGUGCCAAAGUAAACUUUGAAGCGCCCGUCUCUCGUGUUACGCCUCUUAUGCUGGCUAUACAAUGUCGCCGACAAGACAUUGUGAAGUCCCUACUACUAGCGGAUGCUGAAGUGGACGUAGCAGACGCGACGGGAAGAUCCCCCCUAUCUAUGGCAUCUUCCAUCGGCGGUGAUUUGGCUAUCACUAUAAUGUCCAAUUUGUUAGCAGCAGGGGCUUCGAGAAACGAUGGCUCGCUUCAUAAUGCAGCGCGAGAACUUAACCUGCAGGCCAUGCAAGUAUUAGUCGAGUAUAGACACGACCCUGACUUCCCAAGUCCCCUACAUGGUGGACGCAGUGCGCUUGGGGAGCUAUGUCUACACGCUGCUGACUUUGGCGAGUUGACACUCCGCCGAGAGAAGGCGAUGGAAAAAGCGAUAAGUUUCCUCCUUCAGAGCGAAUCUGACAUUACGCUACAAUCCGAUGGGAAAUCGGUCCUUCUUUUAGCUCUCGAAUCAUCCGACCCCCUGACCACAACGAAGGUUCUGCUGCGAGCUGAUAUGUGGAGAUAUAUCAAUAAGCCAUUUAACUACUUCAACGACGGCAAAUUCACCUACUCUCCAACCAUGUACGUUCAGCGUGUACUACCAGACUCGGAUCAUAAACCGCAGCUCUUAGCACUACUAAAGGCAAAUCGUGGAAUUGAUGUAUACUACGCCAACUCCGGUCCGCAGCCGGACGAUGCUAUUGGCAUGCCGGCCAAUAUCCAGCUCGAAGAGCAAGAACGCAAGGCGCGACUGGCCCGUCUGCAAAAAGAAAACGAGGACCAUAUGCUUGCGAUACAACGAAACAAGGAGCUAGCGGCGGUGCAGGCACAGAUAUGGGCCAACCAGGCGGAAUUAGAGGAGGCGCGCAAAAAGCGGGCGCAUAGCGCAGACCUUUCGGCGAUACAAGAGCGUGCGCGCGUCGAAGAAGAGCUGUUUAACAGCGCAAUGCGGCAGCAGCGCACACGCCAUGUGGCCGAAGUUAAGCAUCAGGAGGCACUCACGCAUGCAGGGUUAACACGCGCUCAAGCUCUUGCUGGCGCGGAGCUCGCUGCCGAGGCGCAAAAGCAAGCUCGUAUGCUGCAGUGGGAGCGUGACGUCGGUAGCGAGCGCGUUGGAAAUGCAAACCAACUAAGCAGCAUAAGACUAAGAGAGAGAGAGGAGUUAGAACGCCUGGACCAGGCGGCAGAUGCAAGGUUAAAGAGUAGGAUACAGGAACAACGGAAACUAGUUAAUAGUCAGAGUGCGUUGGCUGCGAAUAUCGCGGGCGCUGGACCUAGGGCGCAGAGGCAAAUCGGGUUCGUAAGUGGUGAGCUAGAGUAGGUAAUCAUCCAACUACGCCCACUCAUGGAUGUUGGAGUCUAUCGUAUGGUUGUAUAUUGUAUCAGGACUGGAUGUAUUGGCGUGGCGUAUAAAUACCAACCUAGGGCAUAGGCAAGGUAUUGGUUGAACUUAGCGUUUGCAAGAGAUUAUUGAAAUCAAAUUUUAUUCUAUUGACAUGUCUAUAGCGAAGGCACCUCACAUCAUAAAUAACCUAGUCCAUACGCACCUAACGUAUAAUGACAAUAUUGAAGCUUCC